AUGGUGAUGUGCUCCAAGAUUCUCGGUGGACUCCUGCUCCUCGUAGCUGGUGCUUCUGCCCUUCCUGGUGCGCAGAUCGUGAACAAGCGUACCGUCGAUGACCAGGUGCCCCAGUUUGAGGAUGGCCAGCCAAUUGGCCAUGGGAAGGGAGCACCACUCGUCGGCGGCACUGAUGAGUAUAUCGACAAGUCGAACCCAGACAACUUAGGUCAGCAAGCCACCGAUGGUGGUCUCGUGCCAAACCUCAAAUGGAGGUUCUCCGACUCCAAGUCCAGGAACUAUCCAGGUGGUUGGCUGCGCACCCAAGUGAUCCAAGACCUUCCGCAAAGCCACGAUAUCGCGGCGGCUCAGCAGCACCUUUCCAAGGGUACCAUCCGCGAGCUCCACUGGCAUAAGAAUGCUGAAUGGGGUUUCGUGUAUGCUGGCUCAGUCCUCAUCUCCGCUGUCGAUGAGUACGGCGUCCACCAGGAGGAAACACUUAACUACGGUGAUAUCUGGUACUUCCCUAAGGGCACUGCCCAUACGGUCCAGGGUCUCGAAGACAAGAACGAGUUUCUGCUGGUCUUUGAUAACCCCGAGUUCGACAACGCAGGUGUCACCUUCAACAUUGACGACUGGCUCUCUCACACUCCCAAGGAUGUCCUCGCCAAGAACUUUGGCGUCCCAGAAUCCGUAUUUGACGAUAUUCCCAAGCCUAACCCAAACAUCCAGAAGGGCACCGUUAGCAACCGCACCGUUACGUCUGAGGGUGCCGCCACCGGCGACCACUCCUUUGUCUAUAAGACGCUCCAGCAUGACCCUGAACCCGUUCCUGGAAAUGGCGGCACUUUCUACAAGAUCGACUCGACCAACUUCCCUAUCAGCAAAACUAUUGCGGCGACCUUCGUCACUCUCAAGCCGGGUGGUUUGAGGGAGCUUCAUUGGCACCCUAAUGCCGAAGAGUGGCUGUACUUCCACCAGGGCGAAGCUCGUGCUACUGUUUUCAACGGCAACGGCAACGCGAGGACUUUUGACUUCCACGCUGGCGAUACUGCUGCUUUCCCCGACAACUCGGGCCACUACAUCGAGAACACCUCUGACACUGAAGACCUCAUCUGGAUCGAGAUCUACAAAUCGGACCGCGUGGCGGACAUCGCCCUUGGCCAAUGGCUCGCCCUCACUCCCGCCGACAUUGUCGCCCAGACUCUCAACGUUCCUAUUGAGUUUGUCGAGAAGAUCAAGAGGGAGAAGCAGGUGUUGGUUGCCUAA